UUUCUUUUAGUCACUCUCAAGUUUCAACUACCACCUAGUUAAGCAAAGCUACACACUGAAUAAAAAGUGAAAGUGCAAAAUCUCAGCAACCAAAAUUCACCACUCACUUUAAGCCUUUAAACUUUAUAAUAUAAUAUAACGUCUUCAUUAUAAAUAUUUCUACAACCCUUUCAUUUCAUUUCAAGCACACACAUAAAAUCAGAGCCAAAAAAAAACAAAAAACAGUAAAGGUCAUGGACUGGUUUUCUUGGUUGUCCAAAACAGGGUUAGACGCUUCUCUUGUUUAUGAAUAUGGGCUAUCUUUAGCUCAUAACGAGCUUGAAUACGACGACGUCGUUUACUUCAACCACGAAUUUCUCCAAAGCAUAGGCAUUUCGAUCGGCAAACACAGGUUAGAAAUUCUCAAACUUGCGAAGAAAGAAAAAGGGGCAAUUCCAAAUUCCAUGUCGAGAUUUCUCCGAGUGAUUAAACGCACAAAGAGGAGUUUCUCCCAGUAUAUAAGAAAUUGGGGUCAUAACGAAGAAUUAGCUCUUUCGUUAGUGCCAAAAAGGAAUUGCAGUUCCAAAUGGAAAAAUCCUAUGGUGAAAAGGAGGAAUACGAGGGUUGCUGCAGCUAAACAGAACCCUCUGUUGCUUACAAAUGGGAGUCCCAAUUUCAUUUCAGAUUCAAGAAUGAACAGUUUCUCUAGUCCGAUGAUUAAUGGUGAUAAAGUGGGGGAUGAUUAUUGGGGGUCGUAUGCAGUUGAAGAGAUCAGGUGGGAUACAAUGUUUCAGAAUCUAAAACCAACUUAAUAUCUCUUGCUUUGUUGAUGUUAUUUCAAUAGUGAGAGAUGGGUUAGAUUUCCUCCCAACUUUUAACUUUCGGAUUUGAGUUUUAGAUAUGGUAAGGAGACCUCACACGAUGUGAAUUCGAAAUAGCAAGGCAACUCCGGGUGGAAAAACAAAUAAAUUUUGGGUUCUUCCUUCAAUAGUUGUGACUCUGUUUUCAAUGAGAUUAUUUCAAUGAUUUUACAUGUU